AUGAACAAGUCACGAAAAACCGGUUCGACCAUAUUCCGGGGCCACCCUUGUCGGCGAUCAGUGGAGAGCCGGCCAUUUUCCCGGAGUAGCCAGUUCAUUUUUCCCGGCACCGGCGUUUCCCAUACCAAAUCUGUUGAUGGAGAUGACUACUCCGACGUCUUUGGAGGACCGCCAAGAUCACUCCUCGUCCAUAAAUUCUCUAACUCCGAUUCGUUCUAUGAAGAAAUUAUCCGCAUGCCGGAGUUCACACCUCCGGCGGAGAAGUGUGACAUAACCUUACCCGUGUUCAGGAUUCCGGCAAGAAACGAGGGAUUUUUCAGCGAUAUCUUCGGGUCGGACGACGACCGGAAAUCUAGAGAGCGGUCUGGGUCCCUGUCACAGGCAAAUUCGUCGUCAGCACUGAGUUCUGAGGAGUUAAGCCCUUGCCGGCCGAUUAUCGGAGAAGAUGUACCACUGUCUGUUCUUGCUUCAAAGCUGAGGCCAAUCAGUGUCCCAUGGAAAUGGAACUCAUCAGCUAUGGUACCUGAAGAAUGUCCAAGUAAACAAGAUGUAUCAUUUUUUCCAUGCAAUGUUCAAUCAUUUGAAAACAAUGAAUACAAGAAAAACUUCAAAAGCUCUCCUCAUCGAUUCUCAAAAAGAGUCUCAUCCCCGGAAACAAUUAGUCUCGGAUCCUGUUCAUAUCAAGGUGUCAAAGUAUUCGCAGAUGACUCUGAUCUCAAUUCUCCAUCUGAAUCAAAAUGUUCAGUUCAUGAUCAUGUGCUUUUAGAACAAAUUAUGCAACCAGAGGAGGAUGACGGUGAAAGUGAUGAUGAUUACAGCGACGAUGAUGAUGAUUUUAUGAGCUCUUAUGUUAUAGAGAUUAACUCUGACCUCAAAAAGGGAGAAUGUGAAGCAUCAGACAUUGAUGAAGCAAUUGCAUGGGCCAAAGAGAAGUUUCAAUCAGGUAGCCCUAAUGAAGAGUCAAGAAUGAAAAACGAUAGCAAUGAGCAGACUCUUCAAAGACAAGGAAGCUCUGAUGCAAGUAUCCAUGAUAAUGGAAUUGGAAAAGUUCAACCUCCUAAGAAGCAACAGACAGAAACAGAGAAGUUGGAUGAAAACAUAAGAAUGUGGUCAUAUGGCAAAGAAACUCACAUCAGGCUACUGCUCUCAACACUACACCAUAUUCUUUGGCCGGAGAGUGGCUGGUAUACGAUUUCUCUUGUAAAUCUAAAAGAAAACUCACAGGUGAAAAGGGCUUAUCAGAAAGCAAGGUUAUGCCUACAUCCAGACAAACUACAACAAAAAGGCGAAACAUUCCUGCACAAGUAUGUAGCAGAGCAAGCUUUCUCCAUUCUUCAGGAUGCAUGGGCUGCAUUCAUUUCUGAAGAUGUUUCAAUAUGA